CUCAACAAGGAGGCUGACAGAGUGCGAUGGCGGCUGGAGGAGGAUGCGCGGAAAGCGCGGAUGAGUACCGGGCCGAGGUGGAGCGGCUGAGCCGCGAGCUCGCUGAUGCGAACCGGGAGAAGAUCCGUGCGGCGGAGUGCGGCCUCGCGGUUCUCGAGGAGAACCAGAGCCUGAAACAGCAUUGCGCCGAGAUGGAGGCUGAGCAGGAGGCGCUCAGGAGAGAGCUGGAGCAGCUGCAGGAGGCAUUUGGCCAGGCGUACUCUAACCAGCGUAAAGUGGCAGAGCACGGUGAGACGAAUGAGGAGACGCUUCUGCAAGAGUCUGCCUCCAAAGAGGCAUACUACAAGAAUCGCCUGCUGGAGUUGCAGACAGAUCUCAGUCUGAGUCGCUCAGUUGCUUCAAACACACAGGCAGAGAGCGAACGCCUUAACAUGCUAAUCCAGGAAUUAAGAGAGAGUAACGAGGUGCUGGAGCUGCAGAAGAGCAGAAUGAAAGAAGAGAUUAAAGAGUAUAAGUUCAGAGAAGCCCGAUUGCUACAGGACUACACUGAGCUGGAGGAGGAGAACAUCACCCUACAGAAACUGGUGUCCACACUUAAGCAGAACCAGGUGGAGUAUGAGGGAUUAAAGCAUGAAAUCAAAGUAUUGGAGGAAGAAACAGUUCUACUAAACAGCCAAUUAGAUGACGCGUUGCGUUUGAAGGACAUCUCUGAGGGACAAUUAGAAGAGGCACUGGAUGCUCUAAAGAGUGAAAGAGAACAGAAGAACAGCCUGAGGAAGGAGCUAGCCCACCAUCUCAGCCUGACUGACAGUGUGUAUGGAACAGGCACACAGAUCCCCAUCUCUGUGGUGGAGGGAUUAAAGUAUGCAGAGGAGCCGACCACUAACGGCACCUUGGCCUCCGGCUCUAGUCCUAAUAACGAGGACAGUAACAGGUGUAACGGAUGUAACGGCCAUGGGCCAAAGAUGAACGGUGACUACCACCGUCCGACACUGAACCCUGUGUCUGAUCUGUUCAGCGAACUCAAUCUGUCUGAAAUCCAAAAACUGAAACAGCAACUCUUACAGGUGGAGCGAGAAAAGGGCACCCUGCUCACCAGCUUGCAGGAGUCUCAGACCCAGCUACAGCACACGCAGGGGGCACUAACAGAGCAGCACAAGCGUGUGAAUUGCCUUACAGCACGUGUCAAUGCUAUGAAACGUCUGUGCAGUGAUAAGGAGCUGGAUGCUGAGGAGACCGAGAAAGGGGACACUCCAGUGAAUGGCUGUCGUGAGUACGACAUCGACAUUAAUGGCAUCGAGAUCCUGGAAUGCAAGUAUAAGGUGGCUGUUACAGAAGUCAUAGACUUGAAAGCUGAGCUAAAAGUCUUAAAGGAAAAGUACAAUCAGUCUGUGGAGAACCAAUCAGAAGAGCGUAGCCAAAGUGAGGGGAAACUGCAAGCACUUUAUGAGCAUGUGACAUCACUGGAGAAGGAGUAUCGUGAGAGCCGUGAGCGAAUCGCAAGCCUAGAGGCCGAGCUCCGAUGCACAUCAUCCAUGUCCAGUGAAAGUCAAGCCAUGCUGAACGCUGCUCAGGAUGAGUUAGUUACCUUCAGCGAAGAGCUUGCCCAGCUCUACCAUCAUGUCUGCUUGUGCAACAAUGAAACACCCAAUCGUGUGAUGCUAGAUUAUUACCGCCAAAGUCGUGUUACACGUAGCGGGAGUCUUAAAGGCACUGAUGACCCACGUGUAUUGCUAUCACCACGCCUUGCCCGUCGACUUGCCGCUGCCAACUCGUCAGAUCCUUCUCGGAGUCCUCAUGACUCACCCUUGAAGGAAGCAUUAGGAGAAGGAGGUAAAGCAGAGACAGUGAGUCCAAACAGAAGCCCAUUUGGCUCCCCGCUCCACAGUGCCUCAACCUCUGUUUCACCCUUACCAGAGGCAAGCGGAGAUCUUCGCAAAGAGCCUUUGAAUAUUUACAACCUGAACGCCAUUAUUCGGGACCAGAUCAAGCACUUGCAGAGAGCUGUGGACCGUUCACUGCAACUGUCCAGACAGAGGGCUGCUGCUCGGGAGCUGGCACCCAUCUUCGACAAGGACAAGGAGGCCUGUAUGGAGGAAAUCCUCAAGCUGAAGUCCCUCUUGAGCACAAAGCGAGAACAGAUAGCUACACUCCGGCUCGUACUUAAAGCCAAUAAGCAGACUGCAGAAGUAGCCUUGGCCAACCUGAAGAGCAAGUAUGAAAAUGAGAAGACUAUUGUGACAGAGACAAUGAUGAAGCUGAGGAAUGAGCUAAAGGCUCUGAAGGAGGAUGCAGCCACCUUUUCCUCUCUGAGGGCGAUGUUUGCUACCAGGUGUGAUGAGUAUGUUACUCAGCUGGAUGAGAUGCAGAGGCAGCUGGCAGCAGCAGAGGAUGAGAAAAAGACUCUGAACUCUCUGCUCCGCAUGGCCAUCCAGCAGAAGCUUGCUCUCACACAGCGCUUGGAAGACCUGGAAUGUGAUCACGAGCAGUCUCAUCGUGGCCGUGGAGUAAAGAUACCCAAAAUCAGAACCAGUCCUCAAAAAUCUCUUGUAGAUUGUCAGCAGCCUGCUGCAUCAGUACCGCCACACUCCCGACAAGUGAGGAGUGCGAGAGUAUACACAGCUCGCAGUACUAAUAUUGUGAUAACACUUCAAGAAAACAAGCUACAAGACGCCACCUCUGGACUUCCCUGUGACCCUUUUAAAUGCCUGGCCCAUCGAUCCAAUAUACCUGGACCUUAGCCCCUCCCACUGGCCCCUUCCAUCCCACAGUUUCCGAUUUCCAGAAGAACUAACCAGGGGACAUGCUUUUUUACCAUCUUGUUAGGUGCUCCUCUUUCUGUGUGAUCUCAAAUAGUCUCACACUUUGUUUUAACCUGCAUUGGUGAGCCAAGACUAUGGUGCACCACUUUACUCUCAUUGGAUACGAAUUAACACAUCUUUCAAUGGAAAGAGAGAGACUGAACACUAAUGCCUUGGAUGGAAUGGAUAUUUAGUCAUGUAUUUAUCUAUUUAUUUAUGUUUAAUAAGUUCUCUUUCUAUUUAUUCGCAAUCUUGCGUGACUGGAAUUCAUUUUUGCUUGAAACUGAAAGGUGCAGCUUUGCUGUGGAUUUUUAGAAUUUCAACAGCUGAGUAAUCAAAAUAUUGGGUUGUAUCCAAAACUUAAAAAUUAAAAUUAUGAUUAAAAGCUUCUAAGAGGUUUGGUAAAAUGAAGUGAUGUUUAACAAUAUUUUCCAUUUCUAAAAUUUGAGAUUAAUUGUUGUGGGAUAAAAGAGUGGAUAAGAAAAUGUCCAUCAAAUAGUUAUUGUUUUUUUCUUUAGUCAAACCAAGAAAGUGUUAUUUAACAAUAAGAUUUGCUUGAGGUGUUGAAUAGGCCAGAACAGAUUGAACCAAAGUAAAUGUUGUCCUUAAAUGUAAUUUUCUAACAUGUGGUUUAGAGACAUUUUGUUUUGGCCCGUGUGAAACCUUUCACUAUGUUUCAAUUACAGUAAUAAUAUUGUUUAUUUAUGAUGCUAAUCAUAAGGUGUACUUUAUUUAUUUAUUUUUUUGUAAUGCAUUAUCAUAAAGAUUAUAUUUUAUACUUGAUUUGACUUUUUUACAGUAAAUGUAGGCAAGGUAGGGAUGACUGUAGGAAUGUGAGUGAUACUCUAAAGUUAAAGAGCAGAUAGCGAAUACUGGCCAGAGUUUGGUCUGAUCCUGCUGUGCUGAAACUUUUAACAUUGUGAAACCUCAAACCUGUAUACAGCAACUGAAUCUUUUGCAUCAUAUUUUCACUAAAAAGGUUAAGUAUGGGUGUAAUAUGUCUCCUCUUUCACUCUUCUCUCUCUUUCUCCCACCUGUGAUUUAAGUCAUUUUUAAGCACAAAUGAAUUAAUAAUUUCAAUAAAUAUUUGGUCUUAUUAUACUGUCAGACAUACCAGCAGAACAAUUUCAGACACUUUUCUGAAUUCAUAUUCUAAUAAAAACUGUAAAGAAGUUAUUAAACUAUUGAAUGGAAUCUGCACUCCAUCAAUAUGUAAGUAUCUUUUUAAGAAAGUGGAACAAAGUUCCUCUAAUGACACUCACAAAAGAGGAUCUGAUGAAUGGACUUAUUGAGAUGCCUGUUUCAGUCUUCCUGGUACUUCUGGUACCAUUUCUCUUAGUUUACAUGGAAGGGCUUUUGAUUGUUCUGUAUGUGUUGAUUGUGUUCGGUUUGAAAUAUUGUGGUUGCUUGAUAUGCACAAUGGUCUAAAAAGGAAAUGAAUUGACAUACACUGAACUGGACAAUCACCCUCCUUGUUACUGGUGAAAGCAUAAU